GAUACUGGGUCGUAUCAUGUAAACAUCCGGAAAUCUGAAACAGUUACUUCCGGUCAAUUUUUUUCCAAGGGGGAGGGGUGGUACAAGGUCAACAAUUCUUAUGCUGGAAGGGUCCUGUUGCGUUAGGAGCGAGUGCCUUUAAAAAUUGUCUUGAAUGGACGAGAUAGCCAAGACAAACGCAAAUAAAAUUAGAAAUUCUGGCUUUAGGACAGUAUCUUUUAUUAAAGGUGAUGAUUUUGUGAACAUUGAUAUUCAAAAUGGCACAAAUUCUUCGAAUGGACAGCGUACCACCGCACGAUCUCCCCUCGACACGGAUCUUUUGCUGGCUGGAAUCCUUGUCGCUGAAGCCCGGAAAGGUGGCAAUGGUUAUUUCCAGACAACUCAUAGAGAGUUAGAACUCUACAAAUUGUACAACAAGCCUAUCCUUCAAUUUAUCAUUUAUGUCUUUGUCUGGGUGAAUUUGUCUCUUGCUCUUUUUGAGGAGCCGGCUGUAAAAGGACUUGCUAUUCCAUAUUGGGGAUGUUUAAUCAUAGAGUACUUCUGUCUGUUUGUUUUCUGCGUUCGCCUUUUUCACGUCUGGAGUUUUGCGGCAGGUGUCAAAUUCUGGAGAGAUAAAAAGAAUGCUAUUUUAUUAGUGGUAAUUGUGCUGACAUUUCUGGACAUGAUAAUGUAUGUAAUAUUCAAGGAGGCUGAAGUAGAUGCACAUACCAUCAGGUGGACACGCAUAUUCAGACCUCUCUAUCUUAUCAACAUCAGCGAGGGAAGACAGAUCCGUCGAGCAGUGCGUAACAUUCGUCGAACGCUCCCCGAGAUCGCGAACGUGCUUAUUCUGCUUCUCUUGAUGAUCGCUCUGUUUGCUCUACUUGGCGUAAAACUCUUCGGCGGAAAGAAUCUUAAAGACGUCCACGGAAAGCCUUAUUUUACCGAUUACCUCUACGUCUACUUCAGCCUUUACGUCCUUACGACCACAGCCAAUAAUCCCGAUAUCGGGAUGCCGGCCUACGACUACUCAGAGUGGUCUGCCUGGUUCUUUGUAGUUUACUUGGUGCUGUGCAUGUACAUAUUCGUCAGUAUCUUUCUCGCUGUUGUCUACAAAAACUACCGCAAACACCUCAAGAACGAGGUGCGCAAGUCGGUCUAUCGCAAACGACGGCAGCUGAAGGAGGCAUUUGACCUCCUCAAGGAGUCACGUGAUGGCAAAUGGCACGUGACUGAGAAGCGGUUCCUCGAGUUGAUGAAAGAUGUAUGUCCCGGAUGGAGUGAUGCUAAACUUGCGCUCAUGUGGCAGGUCUUGGAUGACACCGGAGAAGGAGUGAUAGGUAAAAAGAAUUUCCUCAUGCUGUCGGAUCUGCUUAACGUGGAGGUGCUCGAGGUUAAAGACCAAGUGCAUAUGUUGGAGAGGCUCGCCCCCAGGCUCUACCUGUCAAAAGCCAGCAACUUUGUCAAGAAGUGUGUUCUGCACAGAUUCUUUGUGUACUUCUUUGACCUGGUGAUCUUUGCGAACGCCAUUUUCAUCGCGCUGGAUGCCAACGAUUACGAAAUCCUUUUUCUCGUUUUGUUCAACAUAGAAAUUCUCCUCAAGUUCUACACGAUUGGCUUCAAAGAUUUCUUUAGAGGGUUCUGGAACUGGUUUGACUUUCUGGUGAUUGGUGCCGCCACGUUAGCGCUUGUCAUAGAGGCGUCAUUCAUUUCGCUCCAGUCAAGCCAAAGCGUCUUGGACUUUUUGAUGGUUCUACGAGUGUUACGUUUGGCGAAGAUAAUCGGCCAAGUGCGAAGAUUCCAAGUCAUUAUAGGAACCUUGAUGCAAAUAGGGCCAGCCAUAACUACCUAUGGGGCUAUCAUGUUUAUUCUGUAUUAUAUUUAUGCUAUCGUGGGAAUAGAGCUAUUUGGUGGCUUGAUUCUUAAAGAGGCGCCAACAAACGAUAAUAGCACUGUAAACAGCACAUUCUGCGGGAAUAUCAAAUUGAAGGGGUCAGAUUUUUACCAGGAUAGAUACUGCUCUAAUAACUUCGACGACAUUCUAAAGGCGAUGAAACUCCUCUUCGACCUGACUGUGGUCAAUCAAUGGCACGUUAUCACGCAGGGCUUCGUGCUCGUCACCAAUAAAUGGGCGCGGCUCUAUUUCCUCUCGUUCCACAUGAUUUGCGUCAUCGUCGUACUCAACAUAUUUGUGGCGUUCAUCUUAGAAGCGUUCAUGCUGGAGUAUUCUAUUAGCCACGGAAAAUUUGAGACUGUCAUCGAGAAGAAGAUCGAAGAGAAAGGAAUAGGAGUUUCUAGAUCCCCAAUUAAAGAGCGUGCAGAAUCCAACGUGCGACCGCUAAGUGGCGACUUCUUUGUACCGACUUCCAGCGAGGUGAAUUUGAUUCGCACACAAAGCACUGUAGAAAGCCUCGCUUUCAAAUCUGGUCUGAGGUUUCGCCUUCCCAAACAACAGAAAAAGAACGCCGAGACUUUCUUGCAGCAGAUGUUUGAGGGUGAACUUGAGGAGAACGACUUCGGGCCGCGUACUGACGACCUGGAUGAUUUAGACGACUUGGAGGACGAACAGGAGGCUAGACGAGAAAUUCGGCUUAAGUUUUCCUCCAUCGAUUAAUGUUUCUGGUUUGCCAUAACUUGGGAACAAGGAAACUGAACUUACAGGCCGCAAGUUAUAGCCUUUAUUAGAGAAAAGUAACUUAUUGACCAACUAAUGUGAUUUCACUAAAACGCUCUCAUGGUCUUUGAGUCAAUAGCCCAUUUGCGUUAAUGAGAUGGGCUAUUAUUGACUUAGGGUCCAUUCGGGCUCAAGGAUUAAUUGUUAUAUUAGAUAUUUUAAAUGGGAUACAGGAAUUUAACCUGUGGAAUCUAUGGCGAGAAAGAUAAUAACUAUCAUUGAGAUUUAAUUCCUCCAAUAAAUCUUGGACUUUUGCCUUCCUCAAAUAGUGCCACGUACUGUAUUGCAAAAAAAGUAGAUCUUUAGCUUGUAUCGGGGUCAGAGAUUUUUAAUCACGCAAGACAUAAUUCCAUAAUUAUCAUUGAUAUAUUGAAACAAAAUAUUAUAUUAUGAAAAAGCCUGUUUAAAAAUUGGGAUCCCUGUGUUUGUUAUUGCGUGGUUACUGUGCACAACAUUAAAAAUGGCUACCAGAA